AUGAUUGAUAUCAACAUCAACAAUAUUUUUUUUAAAUCAUAUUCUGUGGAUCCAAUCACAGGACAUUCCAUCUAUGUAUUUGACUCUACUUAUUUGCCAUCGCCAGAAGAGAUUGGUGAUAAACAGGUCUAUGACUUGUUAAUUGAUGAAUUGAUGGAUAGAUUAAUCUCGACAUUGCCCUCAUCACCUUACUCUUUAGUAGUCUUCUCCUCAGGCUUCUCCUCCAAGAAAAUCAGUUGGGUAUACGGAAUCAAAAUGUUUUCUAAGCUACCUCGAGAGGCUAGACAGUUUCUUCAGAAGACCUUUAUUGUGCAUGAAUCCUUUUUUGUUAGGACGGUUUAUCAGGUCUUAUCAAAUGCAAUGAACAUUAAUUUCUUACGAGGAAAUAAUAAUAAUACUAUUGAAGACGUACCACAAGGAACUAGCUCAUCCCAAAAUCCGUCAAUCGUUCAUGUUGCCGACCUUACCUCUCUGGCUGCAAUGAUUGAUAUUACAAGACUACGAAUUUCAUUGAAUGUUUAUUUACAUGACUACGAAAUUAAUGAAUAUAUUGAUGUUCCAGAAAGCUAUUUUCAGAGAUUGACUUCAAUUGGGCGAAGACAAUAUAGACAGCUAAUAUUUGACAAGAUAUUCAAAAGAUUAAAGAUUGAUUCGAUCAAAUAUGAAUUAGUGUUUCAACGACCAGGUUCAUAUAAGAAAGUGAAUAUAUUCCUGGAUGUCAUUGAAAGGAAUAACUACAUUGAUUUGUCCCAAUGGGAUGUAUAUUCCUUAGCAUCAAUAUUUUUACAUUUCUUGAAAAAGAAGGCAAAACCUUUAUUUCCGAUCUCAAUGAUACCUUUACCCAUCCAAGACGAUUUCGACUAUACAUUCAACACAUUCAAGGAUAUAAUACAAUACAAUCAGUAUUAUGAUCUAAUAAUUACCAUUUUCCCACUUUUUAUUAAUAUUCUGACAAAUGCAGAUGUUACAAAGCAUGACUCCAGAUCAUUGAGUAAAUCGCUUACACCAACUUUAUGUCAGGAGAAAAUCUCAAUUAAGAAUAAUGAUCGUUUAGUCAUUGGUACAAGAUUUAUAAAGAAUAUGAUGGAUCAUUUUGAUCAAAUUAAGAAUACCAUUAAUGUGGAAGGAAACAGUUCGUCUGCUCCAAUACCCGAUAUCCGCAGUCCAUCACCCAAAGCAAGGACGGGAAGAACGGUUUCAGCUACAGGAGGUGUUAGGAUCAUUUCACAACAGCAAUCGAAUAUCCCAUCUCUACCGCCUAAGUUACCCAAACCAAGGAAGUUGAGUCCAACAAAAUAUGAAACUAGCUCAAGUCGUAGUUCUAGUCCUACAAAGGCAGGGUUCGUUAAGCGUGUAUCGUCCCAAUCAUCCAUAACUAAGGUUCCAGAUUUUACUCCACCUUUGAGAAAUAAGACAUCAAAUGUAUCCUUAAGAAUUGGUAGUGAUUCUUCAUUACCCUCUUUGGGAACAGCAAGUAAGAAGUCUGAGAUGGAAACAAGUAAUUCCAUUAAAGAUAUGGUCACGGAUGAGAAUGACAAUAAUGAAAAUAACGAUAUUCAACCUGCUAGUAGGAGUAGAUUGCGUGAUACAAAAGUUGAUGAUUUGGUAAUUAAUAUCAGAGUUGAUGAUAAAUUUCAACGAUUUGAUAAGGAGCUGCAAGAGAAAAGGAAAAAUAUGAUUAAAAUGAACAGCGUAAAUGCAACUAAAUUUUCAAAAGAAGGAUUUUCUGAUAUUAAGGCGGGCAGUAAGGUCGGGAAAUUGGCUGCUUUGUAUGAAGAAAGAUUGCAAGGUAUUCAGGCAAUGAAUGAACUGAAGAAAAACGGGGGAAUUAAUUAA